AUGGGGCUGAUUGCGCACGACUUUUCAGGCAAUAAACUUCAGUUCUUGGAUUCGGCGAGGGAGAGUUUCAAUCUGGCUCUGAAAUGGCUUCCUUUGCCCUAUGUAUCAACAGAAGGAGGUACUUACGCCCAGCGGGAAGACUCACCUAUCGCACCCGAGUUUAGGUCCCCUGCCCUUUCUGUCAAUAGAACGCCACCCGCAAGUCGCAAAUGGAUGUCCGCGGCUGGCUGGGUCACAGAGACACCACCCUCCGUUUCGUCUAGCAGCGUCUACUCAACAGAAAGCGCCAUCUCAAACGGAAGAUUUGUUCAGGAGUGCAGUGCAUCAUCGCCGCAAAAGCGCACAUACCAAACAAACCGGGCGCCACAUGCCCACAUCAACUCACAAGAAGGAACUUCAGAAUGUAACCCUUCGGAACACCCAGCUACGCCAGCUCCGGGUGAAUCUCGACUCGACCGCAGCGCCAGCUCCAGACAAGCACUGCAAGACGAUCUAGUACCAUCACCUCUGUUCAGCCGGAAUCCCAAAUGCGCUUGCCCGCCGCGACCUGAUAGUAAUGACAAUACCCGACCACUUCCUCCCCUCCCAUUCAACCACAAGUCCGACUUUAAAGCCCAAGGCACCCGCAUCAUCCAAGAUCCACUGAUGCGCAAAACUGCAGUCCAGACCCUCAUCGCACGCUUUGAAGGAGUCCUACCCUUAAGCCCCUCGUCUCCACUCGCAACAGCACAACCGCCCCUGCGAGAACAGGUAUACGGACUCGAAGCUAGCACCCCUUCCCCUGGCGUCACAUCCCCACGCUUUCGAAUGAUCCGCGACGCGGUCAGUCCAGACCCACACAAUGAACAGCUCGAAGCGUACCUCACUUCUUGCGCUUCGACUGCGCUAACACGCUACAACACGCACCUAGCGGAUUUCUGUGGUCAGCUGAGGAAGCAUAUUGCUUAUGUAGAUGGGGAAAUUGGUCGCGUGCAGAAAAUUCAAGGCGAGAGGAGCGCCGCCAGGGCUUUGGGGCCCAAGCACCGCCUUGCGAGUUUCUGGUCUAUUGAGGUCGCUCCUCCAUCAAAAUCGAAGCCCACUUCCGGAUCCACAUGUGCGGGCCGAAGCACCAACCUUGUGGGAAAUGACCGUGGCCACGACCAUGGGUCUCCUGUGGAAGAUCCGCAAGACAAAGUCAAAAAGGAGAAAAUCGACAAGUUGAGACGCCAGGGUUGGAAAGUGUGCAAAGAAAGACAUGGGUUCAAAGGUGUGGAGUUCUACGAGGACCUGAGAAGGCGUGUAGAAGCCGAACUGGCUGGUAGGUUCUGA